AUGGGCACCGGCAACGAAGCCGAUGUCAAACAAGUCCAAGAGGGACAAGGAGAAGUCAUCUCCGAAAUACCCUUGCAACAUGGCGAUCUCUAUGAAAGACGUCUUUCCCAGACGGAAUGGGACAAGUUCGGCCAGACCAAGCGUGGUCUCGCUCCCCGUCACGUCCAAAUCAUGGCUAUUGGUGGUUCUAUCGGAACCGGACUCUUUGUCGGCAUUGGGCACGCUCUUUCCACGGCUGGUCCCUUGUCUCUAGUCUUGGGUUAUCUGUUUUGGGGAGUCCUCUUCAUCUGGCCGUGCAACCUGUGUGUCGCCGAAAUGUGUGCGUGGCUACCAGUACGCGGGACCGUCUUCGAGCUGGCCGGCCGUUAUGUCGAUCCGGCUUUGGGAUUUGCCAUGGGAUGGACUUAUUUCUUUGGCGGAGUUACCCUUGUUUGCACCGAAUAUUCCGCCGUCGCCAGCGUCAUGGAAUAUUGGAACGCCGAUGUCAAUCCGGCCGUCUGGGUCACCAUGGCCAUGGUCGUCUGUUUUUUCUUAAACGUCGUGGCCGUCAAGUGGUACGGUGAAUCCGAGUUCAUUAUGGCAUCGACGAAAAUUUUACUCCUGAUUGGGUUGGUCCUCCUUACUUUCAUCACCAUGGUCGGGGGCAACCCCAAACACGAUGUCUACGGGUUCCGCUAUUGGAAACACGGGCUAGCCAUGCGUCCCUACUACGCCAAGGGCACUACUGGCCGGUUCCUCGGCUGGUGGGUCGUGGUCAGAUAUGCUGCCUUUAACGUGGCCGGUCCGGAUCUGAUCGCUCUUGCGGCGGGCGAAAUUCGUAACCCUCGGCGUACGAUACCUCGAGUGGCUCGUCUCGUCUUCUAUCGGCUAGUCGGCUUCUACGUCGUAGGAGUCUUCUGCGUCGGUAUCAUCUGUUCCUCUCGAGAUACUCGUCUCCUCGGCGCCAUCUCGAGCGGAGCCGCCGGCUCAGCUGCUUCCCCCUGGGUAAUUGGCAUUCAGAAUCUCGGGAUCCACGGUCUGCCUGGAUUUAUCAAUUUCCUCAUCCUUCUGUCGGGUUGGUCCUGUGGGAACGCAUACCUCUACUCGACCAGUCGUACCCUCUACUCGCUAGCCCGUGACGGCCAGGCUCCCAAGUUCUUCAUGAAGUGCACCAAAUCGGGAGUGCCCAUCUAUACCGUCAUUACCGUCACCCUACUUUCGUGCCUAACCUACCUGGUGGCCUCCAACGCGGCCGUGACGGUGUUCUUCUGGUUCGUCUCCCUAACCACUAUCGCCUUUGUCCUGGCCUAUAUGGGCAUGAUCUGGACAUAUUUCGGAUGGUACCGUGCGCUUAAAGCCCAAGGGAUUGAUCGAAACACACUCCCGUACAAGGCCCCUUUUGCCCCCUACAGUACCGGCGUCGCUAUGGGCGUGGGGUGUCUCGUCUCUAUUUUCAUUGGGUUCGAUUGUUUUGUUCCCUGGAGCACCGAAGGGUUCAUCACCUCAUAUUUUGGCCUGGCAUAUGCCUUUGUCGCCUACAUCUUGGGCCGUAUCAUCUUCAAGUCUAAAUUUGUGGACCCCAAGACUGCUGAUAUUUACAGCGGCAAGGCUGAGAUCGACCAAGAGUGCUGGCAGUGGGAGCACGGCGGGUGGGAGGAAAAUGAGAAGAAACGGCUUGCUGAGAUGAAUUUGGUCCGGAGGAUGUGGGAGAAACUUUGGUAG